GGCACCACGGGCACAUUAAAGGACAUUGUUUGGUAUCAGACACUCAGGUCAACCGUCUUUAAAUGAGUCGCCUUUACCAAUGUGUGUUGGAAGAGGAAAGAUAACCGGACGAAGCAAAUCUUCUCCACACCUGUAGCCUUCACUUAUCCUCCAGCCCAACCAUGAGGGACAGACUGAGCACCCUGCAGGAAAUGUCCAGCGACCACAUGGACCACGUGGAGCAGAUGGAGUACGCCGACUCCACUCUCUCCGACACCUUAAGCAACGUGGACCUGGAGGAGGAGCUGGACCACGAGGCCGUGGUGUUCGACAACAGCCCUGCACUGGAGGGGGUCUUUUCCCAGUCGCAGGAUAUCCACAGAGACAUCCAGCUCAUCCGCGUGGAGAUCAAAAGGCUUCGUGAGCAGAACUCUCGCAUGGUCAAGGGCGUCACCACCAUGAGCACCAUCAAAAGGGACGCCAACGCUAUUGGGGCUGAUAUAAAGGCUCGGGCUGAGGGUGUGCUGGCAGACCUGCGGGAAAUGGAAGGCACGGCCCACAAGCUCGAAGAAGAACACGGCCCAAAUUCGGCCAUCACACGCAUUGCUAGAACCCAGUACGCUUGCCUCAGCAACAAUUUCCGCGAUACCAUGUUUGACUACAAUGCGGCUGAGAUGAGUCAUCGGGAGAACUGUAAAGCCCAGAUCCAGAGGCAAAUGGAGAUAGUGGGACGUGAGGUGACGGGAGAGGAGGUGGAGGAGAUGCUUGAGAAAGGUCAGUUUAACAUCUUUAAUGACAACAUUAUGGCCGAAGGUAAAACGGCUCGGUCCGCUCUGUGCCAGAUUGAGAAACGCCACCAGGAGCUGGUGGACCUGGAGUCCCGUAUCAGUGGCAUCCAUGAGAUCUUCCUGGACGUCGCCCUGCUGGUGGAGGAGCAGGGUCCCAUGCUGACCACCAUCCAAACCAACGUUCAGAAAACCGACGAAGGCAUACAGGAGGCCCUCGUCAAACUGGGCAGGGCCAAACGUCAUGACAAGAACAACCCUUUUAAAAAGAUGUGUUGCAGCUGUUUCCCGUGUGUGGACUGAUGACUGGACAGAGAGGGUCGAGGGACAGGAGCGUAUGCCAUGUGCUGUCACGACAAAGAUGACCAAAAAAACAAUGAGCAUUUUCUGUGUAUCAUGAGAAUAACUUCUUCUUGUCACAGUCUUUAUCAACAUGGCCUGUAGAGCUAUUGCAUAUUGUCCAAGAAGUCAAAUAAAGGUUUCAUAGAAAGGUUAAAACUAUGUGUCUAGAUUGAGAGACAGGGGUAAAAAAUUUUUUUACAAUUAAUUUCUUUAAUUGCUUCCAUUGAUGACAGGUUUUAAAAAUCAGAAUUCAUCCCGCCGUUGUCAUCGGACCUGAAACAAAUGGUCUCUGAAAAUAGUUGUUUUUGUAGGCUGCUGAUAUUCUGUGUUUGUUUAUAAAUUUGCAGCCACAUUCAUAGAGAUGCAGGUCUGACCCGGUGGUUUCAGAUGCACUAAAUUAAAUCCUAUUCAAAUUCAGACCAUUGUUCCCAAAGAUUAUUUUGUACAUGUAAUAAUGGAUGCCCUUGAGGUAUGGCUCAAAGAAAUUGUAGUUCAGUGGUUCUUGAUUCGAUUGUAUGUAUUUUCUACAAUAAUAUAAACACGUAUACAUGAUAACAUUUGGUUGAAAGUAACCAGCCAUUCAGAUUUUCAAAAGCCCCAACUUUAUUUCUUAUAUUUACUGUCUUGUUUGAGGACACUAGAAUGUGAUGUUACUUCUCACUGCUAUUUUAUAACUAUUUCCUUUAUUUUAUGGUGUCAUAUAUUACAUAAACGGUUCUAUUAAAAUCACUGUGUGUGGCUUUAUUUUGGUGAAAACGGGACAUUUUACAUCAAUAUAUGAAAAUAAAAACAUGUUAAAAUGUA